UACUUCUUGAGAUUAUAUCCGUGAAAUAGCCUGGUCACACCGUCGAUAAGCAGCCCCGCAUCUAUCGAGAAUUGUUACGCCGGCACGUGUAGUUGAGUAAAAAGUUCACUCAUUAACUUUUAUCAAGCGCUCCAGUUUGCAUUUAAGAAUUAAAAUGGCCGCCGCUAUCAAGAAGAUCAUCCCCAUGCUGGACCGCAUCCUAAUCCAGCGGGCCGAGGCGCUGACCAAGACGAAAGGAGGCAUUGUUUUGCCAGAGAAAUCGGUGGGCAAAGUGCUCGAGGGCACCGUUCUGGCCGUUGGCCCUGGCACCCGUAAUGCCUCCACUGGCAACCACAUUCCCAUUGGCGUGAAGGAGGGCGAUCGUGUUCUGCUGCCCGAAUUCGGUGGCACCAAGGUGAACCUGGAGGGUGACCAGAAGGAGCUGUUCCUCUUCCGCGAGUCCGACAUCCUGGCCAAAUUGGAGUAGAUCUCGCCGCCGGAUUCUAUGAAUUCUAUGUUUUUUAUUAGUAUGUAACCACCCACAAACCCGAAACUACAAUAAACGCUGAUGCAAUAUUUUUAUUUGCAUUGCGCAUGGACCGCCAAUUAAUAAAUUUCGAGUUACUUGUUAAAACUA